AGUGCAGUGAAGCAGCUCCACAUACAUACAUUUGGAAACUGGAUCAUUCUGUGCCUGCACUCCUCUCUUUCUAGAUCAUUUUAGAACAAUAGCAGAUAUGCCUGUCAAAGUAUUUUAUACCAGCGUCAGCGGCUCCACAGAGAUCAAGAAAAAACAGCAACAAAUCUUGGAUGUCCUUGCCUCCAAGAAAAUAGAAUUUGAAGCUAUAGACAUUAGUCAGGAUUCUAAUACCAAGGAUGAAAUGAGGGAAUUGGCAAAUGACCCUACGGCUCUACCUCCUCAGAUAUGCAAUGGGAACGAAUAUUGUGGGAACUACGAAGCAUUUUUGGAGGCAAUUGAGAACGAACAGUUGGAGGGGUUUCUCAAGCUCUAAAAGGAAUGGAGAUCUUUGAAAAAUACUAUUAAUAUUUCUGUUAACUGUCAUUUGAUUUGGUAAUGUUUGAUAAUGUUCAGCUAAACAUAUUUGUCUUCUGAAAUGUUUGGAGUUGCAUGAAUGAAAUAAAAAAUAAUAAUAAUUUGAA